GCGCCUGUUUCAAAGAAGUUUUUCUCCCCGCGUCGUGGGGUAACCGUGGGAGCGGACCGGGGGGAGGGGGGGAAAGGAUCUGCCGCAGCCGAAAUCUCACCUUAAAACAUGUCGUCCAUAAGGAAUGCGGCGUAAGUUUAACUGACGCCUUUUCCUUUUUAUUCUGAAAGCCAUUCAGCAGAGGAGGCUUCCCCUCCGGCGGGCCCCGCUGUCGCCGUAAAUGUGAGGGGGCAGAAGGGGGGGCAGCGAGAUGUGGCUGCACUGCCUUCCACCCCAGGGCUCUUAAAGGUUUCUAAGUGAUAAGGGGGGAAGAUUGCUGAUAUGGUUGGGAUUCUUGCUAUGGCUGAUACAGUGGAGGAAUAUGAUCAGCCGUGUAAGAAGCAGAGAAAGGAUGUUGAGGAUUCCCCCACAAACACAAUCACAAGCUACUUUUCACCAGUAUCCAAAUCAGUUGACACAACCUCUCCAUCACCCAAGUCCAACAACAUACUUGAUUACUUCAAGAAAACUCAAAGUGGACAACAUGUUGCUUCGCAAACAUCAGUUGAAUGGGAAGGAAAGAAUUUAGCAGGAGUACCUGUGAACAAUAGUAAAGAAUUAACAGCAGCCUUGGAAGGGAAGAACCAAACUCCAAAGAGGAAACGGUCCAGUAAAAGAGUCAAUUUAAGCAAAAGGCUCUUGGCCUCAGAUUGCAAUGAGGUGUUCGAAAUUAGUGAUACCAGUGACUCAAGUACUGCAGAAGUAUGCGACGUGAGGUCUGGUGUUGGGGUUCUUGGCAGUGAUACAGCAGCGCUGAUUGCUCAGCUUUGCGCAAAAAGCGAGGAACUGUUUGAAGACAACAAGGAUGAUGUUUCCAUUGAUCUCGACACCACUACGCGAAGAAAGACAGCAGCAGGAGCCAGAAAGGCAAGAUGCAAAGAAUCCAUAAACUGUACAAGUAGGAACCUAUCGAAGAAAGCACAAAAACAAAAGUUUAGAAGGAAAGAGGUGGAUUCCUUCGUACAGUCAGAUGUUGAGAGUGUGGCAAAGGAUGAUUGUUGUGAAAGCAGGGGUGAAGGUUCUGUGACCUCCCAGUUUGUGGCCAUUGAAGAUGAGGGAACAUGUCUCAGUGAAAAAAAAUUGGAACCAACUACUGAGGAGACUAGUUCCCAGAACAACAGCACUGUUACUGUAUCAUUUGAGGAAUUCAUGAAGAACCAAGAGAGUACAGAGGCGUUGGCUGAGAAAGGAGCUGGAAUCCAUUCUGAAAGUAGUAAGUCUGGCAGCCUCGUAGAAAAUACAAGCUUAACAGUCCCUCAGCCAGUAUCUCCUAAAACUGUGACUGUCCAUGUCCAGGUUCACCCUAGUCCUGUGUCUACCUUACCUCGCAUUUCCAAAGUAAAACAGCAGAAGAUAGCAUCAAUCUUUUUGCGGAAGAAGCCGGACCCUGAAGAUGAGGUGGCUGAAAUCCAAGAAGCAAGCCCACAUUCUGCAGAUGCUACUGACCCAGCUCCUCCCAGAAGAUCUAAUGUUGUGAUAGCUGAGGAAGAGCUAGAGUUGUCCGUGUUGGACAUAACUGAGAAGAGUCCUGUGAAGGCCAAAUCCGGUCGUGCUGAAAGGGAGCAGUUUAUGAAUGCUUUCAGGCAACCCCUCACUGCGGAGCUGGCAAAAAACGGGGUCAAGAAGGUGAUGCAGAAGCCAAGAGGCUCAAAGGAAGGAGUAGCAACAAGUGAAGCAGCUGAGGAAGGUAGUGACAAUCCCAGCCAAGAGAAGGAAAAUGAGGAAUCUAUCCAGCCUAUAAUGUGUGCAAUGUCAAGCCAAACCAGUAAAGAUUCCAGGGUGAAAGUAAUAGACUCCGGAAACACAACUACAACAAGGAAGAAACUGUUAAAAUGCAGAAAAUGCCCCCAGGACAUUGGAAAAGCAGAAUGUAAAAAUGUAGUUGAUCUUGAAGGAGAGGAAGCUGAUCCCAGUGUGGAAACAUCUGCAGAAUCAAGACACUCAGUGCAUAUUGAUCCAGCAACAACUCGAUCAAGUGAAACCUGCAGAGUUACAAGGCAAAGCCUUAGGCAGCAAAGAGCUGCCUCUGUCUAUUGCCUGACUCCAAAUAAGCCCAUUGCAGUGGACUGCCUAGGUACUCCAGUCCAUGUAUCAACACCAAAACGCACACACUGGUCUUCAGAAGAAAACAGCAUCUACAAAGCAGAAAUGCUUCCUGCCGCCUCUAACCAAAGUCCCUUCAGAAUGAAGUUUACGCGACUCUCUCGGUCGAGAUAUGCGGAAAAGGCUAGAGAAGUGGAUGAGAAUUUGGAUUUUACUCCCAAAAGCAACCAGAUAUGCAAAUCCAAAAAUUUGGCUGAAGCAAAGAGGCUGGUUGAAAAAGCCAAAGCACAGAACAAGUGCAGAAAUCGUGCUGAAACCGUUAUGCCGCUCAGGCGGUCAACUCGACAGCAAGCCAGAUUCAAUGGAAAGUCUCACAGGACUGAGAACUCUGCAAUCAACUUGAAUUCAAGUACAGAAAGCAUCUCAUCGUGUAAGAUUCUAAAUGAAAAGAAACACAAGAAAUUGAAAAAUUUAAGUGACGUGUUGGGGAAGAAUUUGGGUACAGCGUCAGCAGCCAAGAACACGACGGUUGAUGUCAAGGUUGCUUCCAUAUUUUUAGCUAAAAAAGUGGUCAAAGCUCUCCCGUUGGAACCUAUCACCAUUCUUGAUGAGAGCAGUUGUAAUGGGUCUGAAAACUCUCAGGAUAUGAAACAGUUCCGAGCUAAGCGUCAGUUUCUCAUGAGUGGUUUGCCGGAUACCCUGAAAAAGCACAUAGCAAAGACGGCAGCAGCGAUGGAGAUCUAUUCUGCCGCAGGCAUUUCUUUCCAAACUGUUGUUCAUAUCCAGCAAAAAAGUCAAGCAUCACUACUGUGGGACCUACCAUGGCCCAGCUGUGCUAUUCUGAAUCGGCUUCAAGAUGUGAGUGGAAGAGUGGAAGGAAUUCUGAAAGGCUCCCUAUCUCUUGGCGACUUCUCUGAAGUGAAUUGCACAGCCACUACAACUGCAUCUUGGAUUGGGUUAUCUAAUUGGAGGACAGAAUUCUCAGAGGACAUCCAGAAGUGCUUACUUGAAGAGAUAAGGUCAUCCAAUCCAGAGUUCCCUGUGCGGAAACUGUUCAAACCACUACUCCAGAAACGAAACGAUCAUUUUGCAGACAUGCUCAGAACAGGAUCUUCUAAUAAAAUGGAAAAUCCUGUCAUAGAACUCGAUGCAGUGCCCCAACAAGUGUUAUCUGUAUGUAGCAGUCCAGAACCACUUUUGGGAAAAAGGAAGAGAAAGGUUGAAAAGCAGGAUCAGAAACAAAAAAGGAAAAAAGCACUUGACAGCGAACAGGAUUUGAUUAUCAUCAAGGAUGAAGAAAAUUGCACUUUGGCAUUACCCCCAAGGUCUGAGGGCUCCACAAAGAAUGGAAGAGGCAUCCAAAACCAGAACUGCACAGCUUCUACCAGAAAUCGGCUCAGUAAAUCUGUUAAGAGAAAGCAGCAGAAGUCUGAAUGUGAGACCAAAGUAGCAGAAACUCAGACCACGUCUGCCCCAUCGUCUGUUUCUGAAUUGACUGACCAACCAAAGAGGGAGGAAGCAGCCACUUCCGAUGGCUUGGUCAAGGAAGAUCUGCUAUGGACAGAGAAGUACCAGCCACAGCAUUCCAGUGAACUUGUAGGAAAUCUCAAUGCUGUCAGGAAAUUACACAGUUGGUUAAUGGAAUGGAAGAAGAGAGCUGAUAAAGAAGAAACAAAAACACAGAAGGAAAGAAAAACUGAAAAAGAUAAGAAAGUGGAUGCUUGGGACAACAGUGAUUUUAAUCUGGAGAGUUCUGGGGAUGAAGAUUUUUUGUGCAAUACAGUCCUAAUUACUGGACCUCCUGGAGUUGGUAAAACGGCGGCAGUUUAUGCCUGUGCUCAGGAGUUGGGUUUCAAGGUAUUUGAAGUAAAUGCUUCCUCGCAGCGGAGUGGCAGACAGAUCCUCUCUCAACUGAAAGAAGCCACACAGUCUCAUCAAGUUGAUAAACAGGGAGGCAGUGCCCUCAAGCCUGCCUUCUUCAGUGGCAGCAAGUCUCUUCCGGCACAAACAGCCAGAUCUCCAAAGAAAGCAAACUCUCCCAGAAAUGUUGUCACAUCACCUAGGAAAGCUCCCUUAUCUCCCAAGAAAAGAGGAUCAAAGAAGACCCUUGCACCAAUGUUUUUAGCCAAUUUCUUCAAAGUCCCGUUGAAAUCUAACAAAAACGAAGAAUCAGAAAAGGCUGACAGUCAGAUGAGCGUCAAACCACAGACUUGUAAGGCCCAGAAAAACGCUCCCCAAGUUUCAGAAGUAUCUAAGAUUCACACUGGGUCUGAGAGCAAAGACCUGGAAGAGUGUAACAGAAAGAGUGCCACAUCGCUCAUUUUGUUUGAAGAGGUAGAUGUAAUAUUUGAUGAUGAUGCUGGAUUUCUAAAUGCAAUUAAGACCUUCAUGGCAACUGCAAAACGGCCAGUUAUACUCACUACUACUGAUCCCAACUUCAGUUUAAUGUUUGAAUGCUGCUUCGAAGAAAUCCGUUUUAAAGUGCCAUCUUCAACAAAUGUUGCCAGCUACCUCCAGCUCUUGUGUCUAGCUGAAAAUUUAAGGACUGAUAGGAAGGAUCUCACUACACUCCUUGCUCUUAACAAAUGUGAUAUACGACAGAGUAUCCUCUACCUGCAAUUCUGGGUGAGAAGUGGCGGUGGCUAUAAAGUGGACAAGUUUCUCCCUGCUGGAGGAACGAGUGUAGUUCCAGUCCCACCUGAGAAAGAACCAGUCAGGAAUGCUGUUGGUGCUGAAGAUACUGGAGAAGGAUCAUCAAAGGGCAGUUCUGUUGUGGAAAUGCAGGAUGUUCCCAAAUGCAACACAGGAUGUGCAGAGAACCUGCUUGGCUUCAAAAACAAUGCAGAACCUUCAAACUGCCUCUUUUCCAUGUUCAAGCGGGAUGUUGUCUCUCUGGAGCAAUGGCGAAGUCAAGUGCAAGUUCUCCUGGAGUUCCAGAGGCGGCGGCUGGACUUCAUCUUCAAUAACUUGGAGUUUCUUCUGCCUCUACCACUGCGAGUCAUUCCUGAUCCAAAGAAGCCAGAAAAGGUGCUUGUGAAGGAGACGGGGCCUUCUGUCUGCAAUUCCAGACAGAAAGCUGGUAAUUCCUCAGCCAAGUCUGGCCCCGUAAGAAUCUCAGGCAGGAUGAAGCGCGGCAGAAAAACUGCCCUGUUUGAUGACAGUGACUUGUUUGACAAUGAGUUGAAUAACAGCAAUGCAUUUGUUACAUUACCAAAUGAAAUUUCUACCUCAUCUUCUGUCGCUGAUAAGGCACCGGGAAGCCUGGCAAGUGCAGUGAAUGAGAACAAUCCCUCAGAGAGCAGGAUUAACUCUUCCAUUGCUGCUGAAAAGAAGCCAAGGACAUUAGCAGAAAAGAAGUGUUGUGAAUUGUUGUCUUCAUGCCUAGGAUCGAUAGCUGAGUUCACAGAUAGUAUCUCGUUUUUGGACUGCUGCCUCAACAGAGGAGUGAUUGAGAGCGAGGGCUCAUGUGGACAGAGCAGUUACCACUGGGCUGCUGCAGAGAUUAAAAAUGGCAUGUUGGAUGAAAGGAGGCUCGAUUCAGGAGACUGGUGGUCCUUCCACUGCUUUGGGGAGACGAGAGCGGCUGUGGAAGCCUUGAGCUGGAAUAAGUGUCGGUCACAGAUCCAACGUGCCAUGGACUCGUUUGGCACCAAGUGCGUAGAGUCGGGGACGGAAGUGGCGGAGGAGCUCGUCCUGCACGUUCCAAAUCACCAAAACAACAACACGGUGUUCACAGAUCUUCUGCACUAUCAUACCAGAUUUCCAGCAUCUACAGGUUUUUGCCUUUCAAGGAAACAUCAGCCCAGGAGGAUCAGCGCUGCAUCUAAAAGGAUUGAUGUACUGAAAACUGUAUUCUCCAACAACAAAGCGUUUGUGGGUCUGGGUAACAGACGAGCAAGUGCCAUGGAGUAUCUGCCAGCUCUCCGCACUAUCUGCAGGGCAGAGAAACUGAAAGAGCAGGGCAAAGCAAAGCGCAGAUUUCUGCACUAUUUGGAUGGUGCGCACCUGGAACUGCCUAAAAACACUCUGGAAGCCCUUGCAGCAGAUUUUCCCUGAAGCUCCUGACUUGAUGGCAAUAUUAUUUGUACAGUAAAUUACUACAUAUUUGAAAGACAAGACAGUAUCUUUGGGGUAUUUUGCCCCUGUCUCUUUUUGGUACUUGUUCUUGCGCGCGCGCGUGUGUGUGUGUAUGUAUGUAUGUGUGUGUGCGUGUGUGUGUGUGUGCGUGAAUGAAUAUUUUUGUACAGUAAAGUGAUGUGAAACUUUGUAGAGGAAUGGUGGAUUAUCUUAAUUUAAUUGCAGCAGACAACUGUAAGAAUGUAAAAAUCCAGUGCAUGAUCGUUUUUCUUUGUUAGUGCUGAUUGUGACACUUGUGGAGAGUUAACUACAUUGCUGCCAGCAGCAGUGAUUUUUAGUCACCCUCCCUCUACAGCUUCACCCAAUAAUCUCUGAGUUAGAGGGGGAAUGAUUUUUACAAGAUAUUGGAGGCAAACAGUUCCAACAUUCACGCGCAUUCCCGCUGUGAUCACUGGAUUGGAACCAGGGAUUCGAGCCACAAAUUGUAUAUUUUUCUUCCUACUUCCCUGUCCUCGCGGUUUUUGGGAAUAGAAGUACUUGAAUGCUUUUUGAUUAACUAUACCUUUGUCUUUCCAUGUUGAUUUAUUACUCUCUUCCCCUUUCAACCAAAGCAACAAGUGCUGGUUAUAAAUCUGCCACAAGUGUUAUGAACAGGACCAGGAAUGUAAAGCAGUGUGAACAGACUGGUAUCUUCCUCGUGCAGGGUUGACCCUAAGCAGCUUGUAACUAACUUACUCUGGGCAAUGACUAUCUCAUGGACGGUAAAAUUUUAUCUGAAAUUGUGAAUGACUGUGGUUCAUCAUGUUUUCCACUGAAAGGUUUUAAUUUCCCAAUUUUAUAUUUCAGGAGUAUUAUAAAGAAUGGGGUGUCCCAGUAUUGUAUGGUGUGAUUGUACACCCCAUUCUGACAUAAGAUAUAGAAUUAAAUAAAUCAGAGUCAUGCCAUUUAA